CGGAAAAUAGGAAUGUAUCACAAACUUCUGUAGUUAUUCAGCGGGUGGGGCAACAAGUUGUAAAAGGGACAGCACUAACGCUACCAAUAUUUCUCUGAAUUGCCACUAGCUCCCGAGUGAUCACUGUUUUCUAAACUGUCUAAAGAUGCCGAACAAGAGAAAGCACAACCGUCAUCAAAAAUCUAAAACGUCGCAGCCCAAACAAACUGCAUCCACCGCUGCGUCGCAGGUCUCCGGUGCCAAGCCCGCAGAAUCAGAGACAUCAUCGGCCUCUCCCAGUAAAGCCACUCCUUUAACCUCGCCGACUGGAAAAGCUGGUGCAGGCUCUGCUGCUGGUCCGGGGGAUGUUGGACCAGCCAAGGGGAAACAGGAAGGUGUUAAGCCUCAGGACACUACGCAAGGGAUGCCCAAGAGUGUAACCAUCUCAUCAAAGAAAGCUGAGUCACUUGAUCCUACAAAGCCUGUAGUAGCAGCUGGAGCAGCCAGUGCAAUUGCUGUUGGUGGAGUAUCUGCAUCAGCUGGGAAAGCUGCAGUCGAGGGGAAUAUGGAGGUGAAGUCCAAGGACGUACCCAUCGCCUCAACCAAGGCUGCGGCUGCAAAGUCUGCAGUUACCCAGGCGUCAGCUGAAGUCAAGCAAAGAUCACAAGAAAUGAAGCCCACAAAAACUGCAGAAACCCCCAAGAAACCCCUAAGCUCAGAUGCCGCUUUGGAUGCCCUCUCAGCUGGGUUUGACAGCUCUGCUGCGAAAAGUAAAGAGAAGAAGAAACCAGUAGUGGAGGACAUUGCUGCUGUUGAUGUCCUGUCAGCUGCAUUGUCAAAUGUUUCUCCGCCUCCUGCAGACAGUCAGGCCACACAGAAGAAAGCGGAGAUCAAGAAGCCGGCUGUAGGCGCUGGGUCCAGGUCCGAGGCUCCCCCUGCAGACAAGAAAGCCAGGAUGCACGAGGAUGCUGGGCCUGCUGCACCAAAGCCUUCUGGGGAUCCAAAGACCAAGAAGGAAGAGGACACUUCCAUGUCUGCAGAUGCUCUCAGUGCUUUGGAGGACCUGCUUCCUUCUGCAGAGCCUGAGCCUGAACCUCCCAAAGUACAACCAAAGGACAUCGUCACGGAGGCCAAGCUGAAGUCUGAGAAAGGAGUGAGAGUCGGAGAGAGGGAGGACACUCUUCCGCCAGAGUACCGAUUCACAGAAGACAAACUGAAAGAGUUUCCUGCCCCCAAGAAAGAGCCCUCACUGGACUUUGAAGAUGUUGUUACCCCUGGAGUGGCUCCAGUUGUCCAGGCUGCCACUGCACAUCCUCCACCAGCAGGGCGACAGUUGUCUGAAGGCACAGCCAGUGCACUGGAUGCCCUGUCAGACACCCUCACAGAUGACACCCCAGCUCCUGCACCCACCCCCGUGCCUGCCAAAAACAUCGUCAAGGAGAAAACUGCCAUUGAAGAGAAGGCAGUAAAGACAGGAGAGAGAGAUGACAGCCUCCCACCUGAGUAUCGGCCUUCAGAGAAAGAUAUCCUGGCGAAGAAGGAUGUAAAACACGUCGCUCCUAAACAGCCGUCCUUGGAUGACGCUACAGCUCUUGGUCUUCUUUCCUCCGACUUUGAUGCCCCGGCUGCUCCAGCUGCCCCUGCUGCUCCAGCUGCUUCAGCCCCAGUUACCAAAGCUACACCAGCUGCUGCUGUUCCCAAAGUUACAUCUACAACCACACCUGCAGUUCAGUCUUCAGAAAAAGCUAAACCUAAAGCUGCCUUAGUAGAGCCAACCCAGAAGGCAGCAGGUGCUGUAAUGGACGCCUUAUCAAGUACCCUGUUGCCCGAUGUCCCCGCAUUCAAGCCCAAAGCAGCUCCCACAGACGAGAAGGCAGAGGUCACAAGUAGCAACUCAAAGAGUAAACCUAUGAAACCAAAAGUUAGUGACAACUCAACCCUUGAUGAUCUGAGUGCACAGUCACAGUCAGAUGUUGUAACUUCAUCAGCCACUAAGAAAGGCAGUAAAAGUUAAGCCUCUCAGGUUGUGAUAAACGCUUCCUGAUAUCAAAAGCCUUUUGCUGGAUCCAAAGUCACAUCAAUAUGGAAUACUGCUUACAUUGUUCUGUAGAAGGUGAAAAAUAAUUCUCAAAUAAAUGAUUAGGCAACUGUUUUCUUGCUUGUUACUAAAGAAUGCAUGUAAAAGCCCUUAGCACCCCACUGCCUUAUACAUUUUUAUAGUAAUAAUAAACUGGGAGUUUCUUUAUGGUUCUUUAGAAAUAAUAUAUAUAUUAAAAUGGCUGAGAUGUAACAUGUAUAGUCAGUUCAGUAUUCACUGAAUAAAAUUAAAUAAUUUCCUGAAUAAAAUUAACAAAAAAGUGAGUGUAUAAACUGAACCUAUAUAGGUAAUAAUUCAGAUGUUCUGCACAAGGGUUUUGGGACACAUUACAGAAACAUUGCGGGUAGCGUGUAUGUUAUGGAAAGUGUAAUGUGAAUGUGAACAGAAUGUUUUGGGUUUCAGUGGAUGCUGUCGUUUAUCUUGAUGGGUGGUGGAAUAUUUGUUUUGUACUUAUUCAAUAUGACACUAUUGUACAGCUCAGUGUGUUCUGGUAUGGUUUACAACACAAAUGACCUUAAGCGAAAUUACCUGAUUAUUUUUAUUUUGAUCAUGUUUGAUUUACAUUUGUGUUACACACCAUUUUAAUAUGAGGGUUGUCUCAAAAAUAGACUGAGACAGAAUAAUGAGCUGUCCAAUUACUUUUCAAGCUCCCCAUCUAUAUAUCCUGUUAAUAAUACUUUCAGGGAUUGUUUACAUGAAUUGUUUAAGUGCCUAAACAAAUCUAUGCUUUGGUUUCUGAAGGAAACCAAAUAUGCCCCCUCUGGGCAAUUAUACACAGACACUUCAGUGGGGAUAGCACUGUACAUCAAAGUUGUAGUACUUUAGUUCCUCUGCCUGCUCCUGUUGUACUGAAUAUAUAUUUCACUGUAGUAGAGACCUGAAUUAAAUGCAAAUAAAAUAUGGUGUAAGAACACUUCUCAA